CUCGUGUUCAAACUCCUCUGACUGUAAACUCAAAUCUCUGGUGAAACACAUUACUGAGAAAGUGAAAGUGACGGUAAAACAGACAGAGGAGAGGAGAAAACUCGCGGAAACAGCUCGACAUGGCUACAGUAGGAGUGGAUAUGAUUGAAACAGCAGCUCUAGGGAGAUCCUUCCAGCUGGGGAUGCUGUACGACUGCAGGAAAGAUGCUCUCAUUCCAGGAAUCACACUGUGGGAUCCAGAUAAGGUCCAGCAGAGUUUACGAAUCCGUCCCCAAAUUAACGCCGAUUUCAAAGUCACGGCUUCAGACUCCAUUGAGGACAAAUCAACCUUACUGAACAUUGACAGCUCCCUGAAACUGAGUCUUUUAGGUGGACUGGUCAAAGUCACAGGAGCAGCCAAAUAUCUCAAUGACACCAAGAAGUCUUUCAGACAGCAGAGACUGACUCUACAUUAUCAUACAACCUGCAGGUUUGAAGAACUGACCAUGAAUCACUUGGCACCUGAAAAUAUCAUUAAUCAGGACGUGUUUGAUAAUGACACAGCGACACACGUGGUGACAGCAGUGCUGUAUGGAGCGGACGCCUGCUUCGUGUUUGAUAGAGAAGUUUCAGCAGAUGAGAACAAAAAUACAGUAGAAGGAGAAGCAAAACUGGCCCUUGAGAAACUCAGAUUCAUUUCAGUAGAUGCGAACGCCAGUCUGAAGAUGAAUGACGCUCAGAAGAAUGCAGUCCAGGAAUUCACAUGCACGUUUUAUGGCGAUUUCCAGUUACCGUCAAACCCGACCUCUUUUGAAGAUGCUCUGAAGGUUUUCUCUGAUCUUCCAAAACUUCUGGCAGAAAAGAAAGAGCUUGUCGUUCCCGUGAGAGUUUGGCUUUAUCCUCUGGACAAACUUCACUCAAGAGCUUCAAAACUUCAGAAGGACAUCGACAUGGAUCUAAUCACUGCAAUAGAAUCAGUGAUUGAGAGUCUAAAUACAGCUGAGAUGAGAUGCAGUGAUCUUCUGAAGGACUCACCUGCUCUGACUUUUACUGUAUUUCAUGAUAAAAUUCUGCAAAUGAAGCAAAACUGUUACAAGUACAAACUGAAGCUCAUGAAGAGACUCGGCUCUCUGCUGCCAAACAUCCGUGGAGACGUGAUGAAGGAAACGGCACUGAACGAACUUCUACAAGAACAUGAGGAAUCUCCUUUCAGAAGAUCUGACUUUGCAGAAUGGCUGAAAGAGAGAGAAAGAGAGUCUGAUAUCAUUAAAUCAAUCCUCCGACAGCUGAAGGAUGCUGGUGCACAAGCAGAAGUCAACAUAGAUCUGAUAUUAAUGGAUCUGGAAGUUGAAAAUCUGGUCUGUUUCACGUUCACGUCAUUGGACUGGACAGAUGUGCUGCUGCUUCAACAAAAGGCCUGUUUGAGUCCUUCAGCAAAAGAAAGAAAUAAUGAGAACCGCCCUGAUACAAAGCAAAAGUCUUGGCUCAGUCCUGAGAUCCAAAAGACCAUGAGGAGCAACUUAAAGACAUUUAAGAACUUGAUUGAUUCAAAAGAUCGUAAACCAGCCAGGUUCAUUGUGUCCUCGAGAGAAAUGGAGAAUAAUCCAGGUUCCUGUAUUCUGCUGUAUGAAAGUGAAUGUGACGAAGCUGUUUGUUUAAUUCCUCCAUCACAGCCUGCCUGUCCAGUCACUGAAGAGAUCAAUGAAAACACUGUCGUUGUGAAGGUUCCUCCAGCAUGUCCUGCUACAGUAGAGCUCAGAUUACAGUAUAAAUCUCAGCAUGCCUCAGUCUGGACGUCUAAACCAGUGAUGAAGGAUCAACACACAGUUACUCUGACUGAUCUGGGAGCAGGAACUAAAUAUGAGAUCAAAUGUGCAGCGGUGGGGAAACUCAACUACACCGUAUACAGUGACGUCACUGAAGUUACCACAGAGGUAAGGAGGUGUACUGUUAUUAUUAUUGAUGACUCUUCUGCAGGACGAAGUGAAGUGAUCAGAAGAAGUCAGAAUUUGAAUGUAUUGAAGAAUCCUGAUGUUUCCAGCAACAAGGUCAAGCCGUCUGUGAUCAACCCAGAGAGCAGCACACAGAGCCAAUCGUCAGUAUCAGUGUCCUCAUCGAAGACGUUUAAACUGAGACUGAAGGAGGAGUUUCAGUAUCUGAAUGAAACCCCUGGAGAAAGACAAAACCUGAACGAUGUCUUCAUUGAACAACACAUCACCGAGGACCCUGAUUCUCACAUCAGUGACAAUAGACGGAUCAUGCGCAACAACAUGUUCGAAGGCCAGCAUAUCAGGAGCGUUUUGAUGAAGGGAGAUGCCGGCGCUGGAAAAACCGUGACUGUGCAGAAGUUCGUCCUGGACUGGGCUGAAGAGAAAUCAAACACUCAUAUCGAUUAUAUAUUUCCAAUACCUUUUCAGAAGCUGAGCAUUAUCAGAGAGACGGUGAAGACGUGUAGCUUCGUGGAGCUUCUGCAGCAAUGCUUCGAAAACACUGAAGAUCUGAAACUCAACGACUCUGACAAGAUCAUGCUGGUCUUUGAUGGACUCAACGAGUUUAAACUUCCUCUAGAUUUCCAAAACACAAAGAAGAUUACUGAUAUAAAUGAUCCAGCCUCAGUCUCUGAUCUACUGGCAAACCUGAUCAUGAGAAAUCUGCUUCCUAACGCUCAGAUCUGGAUCACCAGCAGACCAGCGGCAGCCAAUCAGAUUCCUGAUGGAUUCAUUGAUCGUGUGACAGAGAUCCAGGGCUUUAUUGAUCUACAGAAGGAGGAAUAUUUCAGAAAGAGCAUCAGUGAUCAGAGAACGAGUGAUAAAGUCAUCAGUCGCAUCCAGACAUCACCACGCAUCAAGAGCAUGUGUUAUUUACCAGAUUACUGCAGAAUCAUCACAGCGAUUCCUGAGAAGAUGUUCAGAACAGACAGUGAUGAUUUCCCCAAGACCUUCACUCAGAUGUACAUCAGACUCCUGUUAGAUCAGACUGAACUGAUGCGAGAGAGAAGAGAGACCAUCGUAGCUCUGGGGAGAAUAGCGUUUCAUCUGCUGGUGAAUGGAAACUCUCUCUUCUGUUACGAACACUUAAAGAAAUGUGGCAUUAGAGAUGAAAGCGAUCUGAUACGCUCAUCGUUCAUAAAGAAGAUUGAAGACAAAAGCAAGCGUGAAUUACUCUGUUUUGUGAAUCGCAGAACACAGGAGUUUCUGGCAGCUUUAUAUGCGACUGAAGUCAUUAAUGUGAAUAAUAAGCUCCAGCUCGGAGAUCUGUCCAGUCUGAAACUUGACCAUGGAGUGACGUGCUUCACAAACUAUAGACUUUGGGAAGUGAUGGAAAAUGCUUUAAAAAGUCAGAUGGAUCUUUUCUUCUGCUUUUUACUGGGUUUGUCGCUGGAGUCCAAUCAGAGAGCUUUAAAAGACCUUCUGAAACGGAGAGAAAGUCACCCUUCAUUCAGUCAAGAGGCAGUUAAAAACAUUAAGGGGAUGAUUAAUUCCUCUCCAGAAAAUACAGACAAACGCAGUCUCCUGUUUGACGCUUUGAAAGAGCUGGACGAACGAUAUUUAAUUCAGGAAAUAAAAACACAGCUGAAAUCUGGACUCAAACUAUCUCCUGUUCAGUUUUCAGCUCUGGUGAAUUUAGAAGAGUAGCUGGACGAGCUUAAGUCACAUCGAUCAGAGGAUCUGAUGGUGACGAAGGGGAACCAAGGAUUGAGUGAAUCAUACACUGUAAAAAAAAUUCAGUAGAAUUUACGGUAAAAAAACAGCAGCUGUGGUUGCCGGAAUUCUACUGUAAAAAAUACGGUAACAACAUUUUAGGUUUUACAGGUUUAACUUAAAUUUACAGUUAAAUACCGUAAUUUCAUUAACUGAUGUAAUGUUAAUAUACCAACCUAUUGAAGUACUGAAAUCUGUUUUGUACCAUACACUGAUAACCACCAAAUGCAGGUGAUGAUGAGAGUCACAUGAUGAACCAAAGCCCAUCACAAGCAGCUUUUAAAUAAUAACAUAUAUAGAAGGUGCACAGUGUCAUUCACACAAACACUAAACACCAUCAUGGCGAGACUCAUUAAACUGAAAUAUGCUAUAAACAUUAAUUUAACAACAUUAGAUGUAACAUACAACCCUAAUAAACAUAACUGAUAAGAAAAAAAUGAGAAGCAGCAUAGUUAUUUUAAAGAAAAAACAUCAAAUUCAAACAAAAUUUGAAAUGCAACUUUUACAGGAACUUACCGUUAACCAUUUAACAGGUUUUUACUGUGGCAUUUUCACAGUUUUUUACCGUUAAAAUCACGGUCAUUUUUUUACAGUGUAUAUAUGCAAAAUUCAGUGUGAUUAGAUUAAGGAUCUGCAUGUAAACUUCUUAAGAUUUCUCAAAAACAGAUGUUUAAGCAAUGCAGACCAAUAGAUUAAUAUACUAUUUGAAUUUUUUGUGUCAAAAUAUUUUUUAAAUGUGGUUGCAAUUAUUUUUAUGGCUAGUAAAUCUAGCAAUUUUUUCACUUUACAUUGCUAUUCUUGUUGUGGUAAAAAGUUACAGUAAUAGAUUUGCAGCACUGAAACAGUUAUUUUACAUAAUUGUAUGAUCAUUUAAAAUAACACAGUAUAACAGUAUGUCCAAGGCUGCGUUCAGCCCCGACAAAACGAUGCAAAACCCUGUUCUGAUGAUGCAAGAGUUGCAACUAUUGCAGCUGAGAAGACCAUUCUUUGUUCGGACUGUAAUAUGAUCUAUAUGACUUUAUUAUUUUUAUUGUGAGUAUUAGGCUUAUCAUUAUUGCUGAUCACUGUUGUUGUGCUAUGAUAUUGUAAUAUUUACCAUUAUAUAAUCAGAGGAGUAUAGAAAAGUUUAUGAAAGUGUCACUCCACAAUACAAUAGCAAAAUAUAUAAAUAUGCAUAGUAUUUUUAUGUUACAUUAAUCAGUGUUUAGCACACCUUUCUAAGGAAAGGAUAUGGACCAGAAGACAUUGCAAUUACAUGAUAUUUUAGUUAUUUAGACAGACCUAAAGAAGUUCCAGAUCUAUACUUGUGCUCUUAUUAUUUCACUUAUUUUGCCUUUAAUGUAAAUAAACAUGUGC